AUGGUUGAAGGGUUGGUGUCAACAAUUGGAGAAGAGUUGGUUUCCCUGCAGUUGAGAUUAACAGAUGACAAUGAGAAGGAAGAUGUGGUAGAAGUAGUAAGUAGUAAAGAUGAUAAAGAGAAUGCAAUUGAAGAUGAAGAAAAGGGUGGAGAAGAAAAAGAUGACAAAGAAGAGGAAAAACGUGCUCCGCAUAAAGAAGAAAGUAAAUCUCAAGAUAAAGAGAAAAGAGAAGAAAGCGAACUAAAGAAAGAUGAUAAAGAAGAGGACAAAAGUGCUCUGUAUGAAAAAAAGAGUCAAUAUCAACCUGAAGAGAAAAGAGAAGGGAGAGACUCUAAAUUAGGGGAUGACGAGGAAGAAAAAACUAAAGACAAGUCUAGUGAUGCAGCAGCAGAAGAGGAUAAAGGUUUAGGCGAUAAUGAGGAGGGAAAGGAUGAAAUGAAUAAGGAAGCAUAA